AGCAAUGUGAUGGAAGAUAAAACGACCAAGAGCAUUACAAUAUGCUAAUUCAUACUAAUUUGCUUAUUUCAAUCUUUUAUUAGGUCAUCAGAGGAAAUUACAACAGUUGUAAGAACAAUAUAAUAUUUGUUAACAAUAUAAAACUGAUAUAUUUGAAGAUGACUUAAGAAGUUAUGGGAAUCGGAACACUAAAAACAGGUAGAAAUGGGAUAAUCCCACCAGAUAAACGGCAUGCACAAAUGACAGGUUAAGUGUUGUGCCAGAGGAUGUAAUAAGAAGUAUAUAUACGGCUCUGGUUGUGCCCAUGUGGCGCCAUCUAGUGGUAGUUGCCAUUGUUACUCUGCUGUCAUGUUUCCGCCGCUGACACGGAAGUGAAGACUAAUCUGAAUAUUUCGCGGGAGUUGCUGCCGUUGCUGCCAUAGGGUUGCUCCUUUGUACUGUAGAAAGGUGGCCUCUUCGUUUAACUUUAUUUCUUUGACAGUAUAUUGUUUAGCAUACAAAAUCUGAGAUGGAUCCGUCUGAGGUGGAAUUCCUCGCUGAAAAGGAAAUGGUGCAGAUAAUACCUAAUUUCAGCCUUGACAAAGUUUAUCUCAUAGGGGGUGAUUUGGGUCCAUUCAAUCCAGGCUUGCCAGUUGAAGUACCCGUUUGGUUGGCUCUCAAUUUAAAGCAGAGACAGAAAUGCAGGAUCGUACCACCGGAAUGGAUGGAUGUUCAGAAACUCGAGGAAAUCCGUGACCAAGAGAGGAAAGAGGAGACUUUUACACCUAUACCAAAUCCAUACUACAUGGAACUCACUAAACUUCUUCUAAAUCAUGCUGCUGACAACAUCCCUAAAGCAGAUGAGAUCCGCACAUUGGUCAAGGACAUCUGGGACACACGCAUUGCCAAGCUUCGCCUGUCCAUUGACAGCUUCAUCAGCCAACAGGAAGCCCAUGCUAAGCUGGAUAACCUGACCCUGAUGGAGAUUAACACUACCCGCUCCUUUCUGCUGGACUCCCUCGACUGCAUGUACAAGCUGCGCUCCAAUGUCCAGCCUGGGACGUCAGCAGAGAAGACUAUGGACUACUAGAGGGACAGGGAGUGCCUCAUGCCUCAGGACACGACAUGUGCUCCAUCUAGACUACUUACUUUACAGUCAGACUACAUGCCUUCUGAGAUCGCCGUACAGACGCGGCCAGAGGUAUUGCAGCUUGGAGUAUUGACGCUGCACCCAAGGCAUGCUGAUGUCAUUUCCAGUUUGUAUGGAGGCUCUUUGCGGUCUCUUUGUUUAUAGAAGCCCUCGGGUCCAACCCUCACUCUAAGGCAGGAAAUGAAGAAAUACCUGGCCAGUUCCCCUCCAAAAACACAAACACAAUGUUGUGUUAUAGCUAGACCAGGACCACAUACAAAUUAGAGGUGCUUUUACAAUAUACAAGAAGGUGAUGCAGAAUUAGAGUAUUUGAAAAGAAUCAUUGUAACAUGUAACCUUGUCAUACUUAUACAUACAUUGUAAAUGUACCUAGUCAUACUUACGAAUUGCAAAUAUUGUGCACUUUUCUCCUUUUUUUUUUGCAGUGUAAGGAACACAUUGUGUCAACAAAACCAUCACCAGCUCAUGACUGGCAACUGAAAUGCUUUUGUUGGGAACCCAUUUGACACAUUUCAUCAGUGAACUGUUAGAAAAUAAAUUGUGAUGGCUAUCAUGUA